AUGGUUCACAACAAGGUUACUAUCAUUGGUUCUGGUCCAGCUGCUCAUACUGCUGCCAUUUACUUGGCUAGAGCUGAACUUCCACCAACUUUAUAUGAAGGUAUGUUUGCCAACGGUAUUGCAGCUGGUGGCCAAUUGACUACCACUACUGAAAUCGAAAACUUCCCAGGUUUCCCAGAUGCUUUGACCGGUAGUGAAUUGGUUGAAAGAAUGAAGGAACAAUCCGUUAAGUUCGGUACUAAAGUUAUUACCGAAACCAUCUCUAAAGUUGAUUUAUCUUCAAGACCAUUCAAGCUAUGGACUGAAUUCAACGAAGACGCUGAACCAGUUACUACUGAUGCUUUAAUUAUUGCCACUGGUGCUUCUGCUAAGAGAAUGCAUAUCCCAGGUGAAGACAGUUACUGGCAAAAGGGUAUCUCAGCUUGUGCUGUUUGUGAUGGUGCCGUCCCAAUCUUUAGAGAAAAACCAUUAGCUGUUAUUGGUGGUGGUGACUCCGCUUGUGAAGAAGCUGAGUUCUUAACUAAAUACGGUUCUAAAGUCUUUAUGUUGGUUAGAAAGGAUCAUUUGAGAGCUUCUACCAUCAUGCAAAGACGUGUUGAAAGAAACGAAAAAAUUGAAAUUUUAUACAAUACCGUUGCUUUAGAAGCUCAAGGUGAUGGUAAAUUACUACAAUCCUUAAAGAUUAAAAAUGUCAAUACCAAUGAAGAAUCAGAAUUGCCAGUCAACGGUUUGUUCUACGCUAUUGGUCACACUCCAGCUACUUCAAUUGUUAAAGGUCAAGUUGAUCAAGAUGACGUUGGUUACAUUAAGACUGUCCCAGGUACUUCAUUGACUUCAGUUCCAGGCUUUUUUGCUGCCGGUGAUGUUCAAGAUUCCAGAUACAGACAAGCUAUUACUUCAGCCGGUUCUGGUUGUAUGGCUGCUUUGGAUGCUGAAAAAUAUUUGGCUGAAUUGGAAUAA